UUACUGAAGCGUAAAGCGCUUCCACCUGGAAUAAUACACGCGUGUCCUGUCUGAGUCGUGUCUUCCGUUGCGAGUUCAGGGUGUUUUUGUACGCGAGUGUGUUUGUGUAGUUGUGUAGUUGUGUAGUUGUGUUGUCAGUUUAAAUACACCUUUGGGUUUUCCACCCAAAUACUUUUGUUUCGUUAAUAAUCGACACUUCAGCGAUUUUGUAACCCUGACCAAACACAACCCGACCAGCAAAAGCUGCUUCUUUCUGCCCUGCUUCGCAAAGCGGCUCCUGGCUGAUGAUUAUUAUAUUAUUAUUAUUAUUAUUAUUAUUUCGUUUCUCCUAUAAGUCUAUACGGGAUAAAUAUUAAAGGGUUCGUGUGGAAGCAGCGCCCUGAACUGAACCGCAGCGGCUCUGAAGACCUGGAGAGACCCGCUAGUAAAAACACAAGUUGUUCACGGAGUUAAAGGCAGCUAGCGUUCCUGAAGCUGUUUGCAAUUUCAGGAUGAUAAACUAAUAAUUGAAAAUAUACUUCCCUGCUCUCAUCAGAUCUCUUUCUUCCAGGAGUCAUGUCUAUCAAAGAGAAUUUGCCCCCAGCUAGCACCUCCACACCGCAGUUUUUAACCCCUCUUGGGAUCGGCGGUCCUCAGCGUGUCCCGAAGAGCAGUUCUGGAGCCAGUGUCCGGACCGUGGCAGUGUCGGGUCCUGGGAGAGUCAUGGCUGAACCCCCUGCCCAGGAGCAGUUCUCUCUCAAGGAUUUCGAUAUCGGCCGACCGCUGGGGAAGGGGAAGUUCGGGAACGUGUACCUGGCCCGGGACAGGGAGAUUAACUUCAUACUGGCCCUCAAGGUCAUGUUCAAGUCCCAGAUCGAGAAGGAGGGAGUGGAGCACCAGCUUCGCAGAGAGGUCGAGAUCCAGUCCCGUCUCAGGCACCCCAACAUCCUGCGCUUCUAUAACUACUUCCACGACCGCAAGCGCGUGUUUCUGAUGCUGGAGUACGCGCCGCGGGGGGAGCUGUACAAGGAGCUGCAGCGCUGCCAACGCUUCGACGAGCAGCGCAGCGCCACGUAUAUAGAGGAGGUGUCGGAUGCCCUGCAGUAUUGCCACGAGCAGAAAGUGAUCCAUCGAGACAUCAAGCCAGAGAACCUGCUGCUGGGCUUCAGGGGGGAGCUCAAGAUAGCGGACUUUGGCUGGUCUGUGCACGCGCCCUCCAUGAGGCGUAAGACGAUGUGCGGGACUCUGGACUACCUCCCCCCUGAGAUGAUUGAAGGGAAGACCUACAGUGAGAAUGCAGACUUGUGGUGUGUGGGGGUGCUCUGCUACGAGUUCCUGGUCGGGACCCCCCCCUUUGAGACCGCCAGCCACAGCGAGACCUACACCCGGAUCACCAAGGUGGACAUGCAGUUCCCCAGCAUCGUCUCUCCCGGCGCGCAGGACCUCAUCUCCAGGCUCCUCAGGCACUGCCCCUCCAUGCGGCUGCCCCUGAAGAAAGUGCUGGAGCACACCUGGGUGAAAACCAACUCUCGCAGGGUGCUGCCCCCAGUGUACCACCCCAAGAGCUGAGCCCAGGCCAGCCACACGCGUGUUACAACCGCCCCCACACGCCUACUGCUGCUGCUCAGGCGAAGGUGUGCCUUGGUCACAGUAAAACCAGGAAUGGAUCCGAGUGCUAUGCAAUGGUGGGGUGGGAUGGUGGUGUAUUUCCAGCCCUGUUCCUGAAAGGGACCUGCUUUUAAACCACACCUGGACUCAAAGGACUGGGAGAACUGGUGUAGCUGGUUCACACCUCUGACCUUCUGUAAUGUGCUUUUCACAGAUGUUUUCUAUGUUGUCUGUCCUCUUGUGAUCUGGUUUGAGGGACAGUGAUGUUGACAUGAAAAUGAUUUAUUCUGUUGUCUGUAAUCUUGUUGUAAAUAUUUUCUGUGCAAAUUUAAUAAAGGUUGUGUUUCUGUUCUA